AUUGUAACCAAUCACAGAGCAGGUUUGUCAAGCGUGCAUGUUGUGUUUCGGUUUGAUUUGGGCAUGAGGAAUGUUAUGACCGAUUGAAUUCCGUCGCUUUGGGCUUAAAUGCAGCUGAAUCCAGCAUGGCAAACUUAGACAACGAGUACACAGCUGUUCAGAUGGAAGAAAAGCGACCUAACAGCGAUAAAAAAGAACAUGAUUUGGAGCAACCUUUUGACGAGGAGUUCUGGUUAAAGGUACAAGAAAAGUUUAAUUCAGGAGAUGUGUCAUGGAAUAGAGCCAUGGAUGAGGUUCGCAUCGACAGACUGAUAGCCAAACAUGGCAAAGACACCCUCUUGGUGAUCAUUCGUGACUGGCCAAUCAGUGAAAAGUAUAAAGACAAACCAGAACUGAUAGCAAGUCUAGAAUACCUGAUUAGCCGUUUCACUGAAAUUAUUUUAGACAAGGACAGUGAUGAAGAGUACAAGUAUUUCCGUGUGGAAGAAGACCCAGCUCGUCCAACUUUGCUUCACUUGGCUGCAGAACAGAAUUUCCUUCAUGUGGCAAAGUUGCUUGUUAAAAAGUACCCCUCACUUGUUUACCUAGAAACAGAGGAAGUGGAUGAUGAUAGGCCAUUUUUACCAGUUGAAAAGGCUCUGAUGUCACACAGGGAUGAAACAGCGGCAUAUCUGAUAUCACAGAUGAAACAUGACUGGGUCCAUGAACUGUUUUUGUUCGAUGAUGACCUGAAGCGAGCCAAAUUCAACUUUAAGGAGAUCAUCAGCCAUAGAAAUCCAGAAACAAACAAACUGGACAUGAAGAAAACAGUGGUGGCUGUAUUAGAUCAGCUUGUCAACCCUCACUGGCCAUAUCUUCCCGAAAAGAUAAAAGAGACAGGAGAGAAAAGUGAUCGUAUUGAGAGGGCAUGGAGCAGUGUUCCUGACGAUCCACUGAAUUAUGAUUUUUUCUAUCAUCUGCUGGAAGCCGAUGACCUGGGAAGGGAACCAAAGAUUGCUGAGAGGACCUUGAAUGAACAGUUUGAUCCAAAGUCGAUUUCGUCUCUCCGAUGCAUUGCAGAAAGUGAUGAUAAGGAGGCGAUACAACAUCCUGUGGUACGAAUGUUGGUUAUGACAAAAUGGAACACCUUUGGUCAUUGGUGGUUUUGCGUUCAAGCGUCUUUCUACAUUGUGUUUUUAACACUGUUAUCUUACGCACUGAUCUACGCCUCCACUCUCGACGAUCCAACACAGUACAGCGGUAAAGCGGACGGUCUGCGGUUGUUCUGUGAAGUUAUCACCAUAAUCUUUCUUAUGUUUUACUUCUUCGAAGAGGUCAACGAAGCAGAACGGGAAUGGAGUACCUAUUUCAAAGAUCCGUACAAUUAUUUUGAUUGGUCGGGUCUAAUCUUGACGUUUCUUGUGAUUCCUCUUCGAUUUGCUGAAGUGAAAUAUCAGUGGAGCGUGGCAGCCCUCGGUUAUUUGUUUAAUUUUCUUCGACUCUUCAAGUUUUCGUGCGUUACAAGAACUACAGGUCUAUACACCAAGACUCUCGCCAAGAUCAUCUACCGCGACAUGACUCGUUUCAGUGUGGUGUUUCUGGUCGUGUUCAUUGGAUUCUGUGGCGCCAUGUUUAUGGCGCUUAAAGCCACAGGCUCGCAAGAGCUUUUCACUAAUUACGCCUGGUUAAUGUUGGCUGCCGUUCGAGCCCUUGCUGAACAACAACCAGUUGAAGAAGACUACUCCAAGUUUAGCUGGUUAGCGAUACUCAUUCUCUUAGCCUACAUGGCGAUGGUGAUUGUGAUUCUGCUCAAUGUUCUUAUCGCACAGUUGAGUUACACAUACAGCGAAGCCAAAAGUAACGCAAAGCUGCAGUAUGCAAUCGAUCGAAUGCGAAUUGUCACUCGCCUGGAACAGAGCAGAUUUCCCAGAUUUAAUUUAAGGAUGAAAUACUACAAGGAAGGUGACAGAGUCAGUGAAACAGAACUGGCCAAAGAGAUGUUGGAGUAUAGCGAUGAAAGGCGUCACUGGGAAUCAAUGGAGGAAAAGCUCAAUCUUAUCAGAGACCUGAUGAGGAAAGUUGUGCGAAAAGUUUCAGAAAAAUCGGAAUGAAGGUUGACAUUCACGGCAAAUCCUAUUUGUUUUCUUUUUAUCAAAAAAUGUUGUCAUUACAUUUUGCCUAGCCGGGAUAUUUUUUAAGGAAGUCAGAUAUUUGUUUUGUUGUGAAUAACUUCGCUAUUACUCAUGGUGUAAAUGUUUUUGAAUGAAUGUUAGUCUUAGUUUCGAGUUUUUUGUUUUUUCUUUUCCUGGUACAAAGAAGAUACUGUAAGAUAUAAAAAAGUAGUUAGCAUUUUAAGAGCACAAUCCAACGUUAAAAUUUAAACGCCAUAGGAAACGAGUUUGAUCAGAAAAGAAAUUAAGAUGGAUCCAGCCCAUUUGUAUAACGAUAAAGUAUUUUCUUUUGACUUUUUUCUUAUUCGUUUUCGGUUCAUGAAAACUUUGUUGCUGAAAUUUUUAAUUUUUGCAUAAACAAUUUCUCUGCCUUAUUACGAAUUUAGUGAGCGCAUUUGUGUGGAGUAGGGGAAAGAAAAGAAAAUUGUAAAAGAAGUACUCGCAAUUUAACACUUAAUGUUUUCAUUUUAGUAGUGAACAAAUAGCUCUUUGUAUGAGCAAAUUUCGUCUUGCAUGUUUGGUAAUUUUCAAAACUCUCACGGCGUUGCCUCUAACUCCUGCAAGUUUUCGAUCAGUUGCGAUCUCAAUUGGAGACCGAAAUAGUAUUUGUAUUAGUAUAGACCAGAAUCUAUAAAUAUUUUUCCUUGCUAGUGUAUUUGUUGCCCUUUUGAAGAGGCAAAUUAUGUGAUACUUUGAUGUUGACCUCGAUAGGAACCUGGUGUUGCCUUUUGGGUGAGCUAUAACGUAGCAGUUUCUUAAUGCUUACGCAGAAUUCUAUCUACAGGGGGAGGUGUGAAGGAGGUUUGGGGACCGUGAUAAUUGUUUUUUUUUUGUUUUUUUUUUUUGUCAUAACCUGCUAUCACUUUCUCAUAACUAAGGAAAGCUCUCUUGAACUUCAGAUGCCCCACUUGCCAUGUCCAUAGGUUACUCUUUCCCAGGUGAAGUUCAAGUUGAUAGAAAACUAGUUUCACUCUAUCCAUUAGUUUCUUUAUUGAGACAUUAAAGUGAACAACGAUUACGCGUUCAAAGUUGUUCGAGCUAAGUGGAGAAAGCUGACUCCCAAUACUACGUUAUAAACAGGCAAUUCGAAAAAAAAAAAGAGAAAAAAAAAAUCAGAAAAAAAAUUGAAAUACGGAAACCCCUCCAUGAUCCCUCUAACUGAAAUUACUUCUUCCCUAGACAAACGUUAGUAAUAAUAUUUUCCACAUUGGAGAA